CCCUUCCAGUCCGGACGCUUUCCCCCCCUUCCAGUCCGGACGCUUUCACCCCCUUCCAGUCCCGGACGCUUUCACCCCCUUCCAGUCCGGACACUUUCCCCCCCUUCCAGUCCGGACACUUUCCCCCCCUUCCAGUCCGGACACUUUCCCCCCCUUCCAGUCCAGCCGGAGACUUUCCCCCCCUUCCAGUCCGGACACUUUCCCCCCCUUCCAGUCCGGACGCUUUCCCCCCUUCCAGUCCGGACACUUUCACCCCCUUUCCCCCCAGUCCAGGCCAAUUUUCAGCUUUCAGCGCUAUCACACUUUGAA